AUAAAGUGAGCGGCGAGUGGCCGAAUUUUAAAGAUUACAAUUUUCUCUGUUUUGAUGCUGCUGGGGAGGAGGAGGGGAGCACAGCAUGAGAAAUGCCGUUCGAAAGGCCCCUUUAAAGUUCCAAUCGGCGUUAAAGCAGUGAGCAUAUUUCGUAGUUGGCAAUGCCGACCAACAGAGCAUGGCAAGAGAGGUAGAGAGCGUUCGUGGCAGGGGGCGGUGUUGGGUGACGAGGCGGAAUGGUUUGGGGGAGUAGGAAUGAGAGGGGCGGCGGAAUAAGCGCGAACCAAAUACAGUGGGCUACAUACACGAAAAUGUAAAAAAAAAUUCACACACGGUUCAAGUUUACAUUUUUUACUAAGUGACUACUAAAAAUAUUUUAGAAAAGAAAGAAGAGUUACAGGCUGAAAUUGUGGUUAUUUCAGUUUUUGGAGUUUAAUAUACAUACAUAUAUAAAUAAUUUACUGUUUUUCAAGGGUAAGACGUGUGAUCUAAAGUAUAGUCUUAAAGUUUUGGAAAUCAGUUUAUAAAGAUUUACUAGAAAUAAAAUUUUAUAAGUAGUGAAAGUACUAAGAAAAUUCGUUGUGAAAAUAACAACGUACUAAGAAUUCCAGGUAGGUAAAUCAAAUAAUCUCUCAAAUAAAAGGUUUAAAUUCGUGCCACUGUGCGACAACCCGAGUGUAUGAAACUCGAACGGCGUGGCACGACUUUAGCCUGGCCUUCCCCACCGCGCCUUAUCGACGUUGUUGUUUCUAUUUAAAAAAACGAAAAAAACUGAAUAUACUUGAAACGAACGCAAAACAUGAAGAAUUCAGCACAAAUUUGUUGAAAACAAAUACGCAAAUGUACGCGACGUGUUUGCCUAUCGCCGAUUGCGUGUAUGUGUAUGUAUGUAUGUAUGUAUGUUCUGGCGUUCGGUGGGGGCCAUUUAAAUUAUAACCUCAUUUUGUAUCACUAAUUAAUUUAACAAAACUUUAUAGAGUCGUUCGCAGUGCCGACUAGAAAAACUGUAACAAUGGACCCUGAACGAAAUGGCGAGCAAACAUCUCCUCGAGUUGGAUGUCGUGGUCAUAAUAAACCCGAUUUUACCAUGUGUACUGUGUACAAUUUCCAACUGUGAGUGGGAGAAACGGUUUCUGGCGCUGCUCCUGCUGCUCAGAGCGAGACGGAGCAACGUGGAGAGUCCGCCACAAAGAAGAGAAGUAGGGCGGCCGGAAAAGGUGACGGGGCGGGAUGUGGCGGUAGCGGCGUCGUGUCUCUGGCAUUGUAUCCAAUUUCCUCUGAAAAAAUAAAACCCAAUUCGGCGCCAAAAACAAAACCCAUGCUCACGGAAAUCCCGCUCUCUCCCGCUCAUUCUUAAAAAAAAUUAGAUUCUUUGGAGCAAAAAUAUGUACUACACUGUCAGAAAUGUAUCUAUAUAUCCACUUUCAAAAUCUACAUACUUACAUAUAAGAAACAAACAAAUCCCUGACCCACCGAUACCGAUCGAACUUUUGGGCGGCGGAGAAAGGGAGAGGAGAACAAAAGAAGGAAUACUUUCCGGGCUCUUGGCCAUGUAAGUCUAGGUCUACUGCCUGCUGGCAUCAACGUCUUGAGUGCACAGUACAUAACAAUUAUUAUUAUUAUUCUAUACCCAUGGCCAGGUCAUGUGGCGAGAAUUGCGACAGCUGCCACCACCGACGACGUCGUUAAUCCAACUCGGAAAAAAAAAAGACGUCUAAAAAGGGCGAGUGCACUAUAAUGGAAUUUUUUGCCUAAAAAAGCAAUUAGCGAUUUUACGUUUAAAAGUUUUUUUGAUGAGCAAAACGAACUAUACUCUAUUUUCGCCUGCAUUAGUCAUAGGAGGAAUGAGGAUGACAGCCGGCCCAAGGGAACGGCGCCAGCACAAGCAACCAGAGACCGAGCCAGAACCAAAAGCCAACCCAGAAACGGAAGCAAAGCAGCACUACGGCAAACAGUUAGCUAAUUAAUAUAAUAACCUAACCAGCGAAAGAAAUCCAAGGGAAGGAGAGCAAAAGAUGUUCAAGAUUAGGCAGCGGAAUUGCAUGCUGAUUGUGACGGCACUGGUGCUGGCGCCCUGUAUAGUGAUCCUGAUGGUGAUGGGACCCGAGUUAUCCACCGAACAGUCGCUGACACAGCGCCUAGCUGAAUGUCAUAUGAGGCUGCAGUAUUUAGAGUCCAUGUAUCGUGCUCGCCAGGAGGAUGUGGCGUUGCUAUCCCAGUACCUAGGCCAGUUGCAGAGUGUCAAUGUGACGGGAGCCAGUGCUCCGCCGCCACCGCCGCCGCCUCUACCAGUGGUAAAUCUUCUCGACGGAUUGAGUCCCGAGGCCAGGCAGCUACUUAGGAAUGCCUCGCAUAUCAGUAAAGUUGGCAGUGGUAAUGGUUCUAUGGCCAGGAGUCAGAAUAUCCGACUUCCGAAUGCCUAUCACUUUUUGCCGCAUCUCCUGGAUGAUGCGGGCUCCCUGCGACCAGCUUACUUGCAGAGCAAGGGUCGUUCGGAUGUCAGCAUUGUUCUGGGUGUGCCCACCGUUCGGAGGGAGAAGCAAUCUUAUCUCCUCGGUACCCUCCACAAUCUCAUCGAGAAUAUGAACGACGAGGAGCAGAAUGAAACGUUGAUCAUUGUCUAUAUUGGGGAAACAGAUCUGGACUCUGUGCAACUGAUUGCCCGUCAAAUCGAGACUAGUUUCGAGCAACAUGUGGAAAGUGGACUGAUUGAUAUAAUAGCACCUGCUCCUAGUUACUAUCCCAACUUCGAGCGACUUCGCAUCACUCUGAAUGAUCCUUUGGAGAGAGUUAAGUGGCGGAGCAAACAAAAUUUGGACUUUGCCUAUCUGAUGGCCUAUGCCCAUUCGAAGGGUACCUUCUACGUUCAGCUGGAGGAUGAUAUACUGACCAAGCGACAGUUUAUCACUACAAUGAAGAAAUUCGCAUUGAUUAAGAGCGCCUUGACUAAACCCGAUCAGCCAGCCUGGUUUGUGUUGGACUUUUGUCAGCUUGGCUUUAUUGGCAAGAUGUUCAAGAGUGCGGAGCUACCCUAUCUGAUUACCUAUUUCCAAAUGUUUUACAAUGACAAGCCAGUCGAUUGGUUACUCACCUACUUUAUUGAGUCCAAGGUGUGUCGAACGGAUAAGGAUCAGAAGCACUGUAAUGCUGAGAAGGCAAAAUAUUGGCAGCACUUUAGGAAAUCCCUUUUCCAGCAUAUUGGAACCAGUUCUUCGCUUAAGGGAAAGGUUCAGAAACUUAAGGACAAGCAGUUUGGCAACAAGGUGCCACAGUAUUAUGCCCAUACACAUAAUCCACCGGCUCUGGUCAAGUCCAAUAUUGCUCCGUAUAAGAACUAUCUGUUGAACCGAGCGUAUAGAGGUGAAUCCUACUUCUGGGGCUUGCUACCACAGCCUGGAGAUUUGGUGCAGAUCGUAUUCGAGCGUCCCACGCAGCUGAGACAUUAUCUCUUCCGGAGUGGAAACUCGGAGCAUCCAUCGGAUAGGUUCUACAACACCACUGUGGAACUACUGCCGGCGGAUACGCUAAGUGAGAAUUCCUCUGUUUGGAGUAAUUACAACACCACCACGGAUGGCUAUCUGGUAGUGGGUGCGUUUGAUAGUUUAGGCGUGGCCGAGGGUCUAUUGGAUGUAAAGAUCGGUGCUAUUAAGGAGUUGCGUCUCCAUGUGCAUAGUGACAGUGAAAACUGGGCCCUUCUCAGCGAGAUCGAAUUGCAGGAGUGGAGCAGUGAUCCCAAGUCGGAGACAAAUGCAGCAAAGCCACGGUUUGUGGCGGGAAGCUGAUUGCUACAUCGUCACCGGCAGCGCCAGGAGUUGGAGGAAUAGGUGCAUAAAUACUGAACAAAUCCCCUUAACCUACUCCUGUUAAUGUCUAAACUAAUCCUCAUCCACAAAUUGUCUAUAUCUGUUGGGAUCGUGUCGAUUUCGUUGAGAAAAAGUCGUGGGAGCAAAAAUGUAUCUUGAAGUAAUUGUCUGAGAAACUUGAAUGAUUAAUUAACUGAAUGUUAUUAUCGAUGCUUCAAGUGAUCAAGUUGUUUUGGUUUUCAAUGAAAAUGAUUAUUUUUUUUUUGCUCUUUAGACUUUUCCAUGUUUUUUGCACUCAAUGAAAUCGACUCUAUCCUAAUAUCUGUACAUCUGUGUGUAUAUUUUUCGAAUGAUGCUUUUACCCUCGAUUAUCUCAAUGUGUAAAUAAUCUCCCAGAUCGUGAAUCUCCCCCUUCUCUUAACUAUAAGUGAUUAUUCCUAGCUAUAAGGCUUAAGUAAGACUGCAGACUAAUGAUAUUGCUAUAUCUCCCCAGAACCAAUUUGUUAGGGUUUCUUUAACUUAAGCGUUAUAAGCCUCGGCAAUAUGAUUGGUCUGCAGUCAAAGCUAUAAGUCUUAUUUGAUCCCCAGCAGCUAUCAGUGUAAUUUUUCGUAUAUCCAUUUGGAUUUUGAUAUAUGUACUCCAAGUGCCCCUUCCAUUUUGUCAUGGUGGUAAUGUUAAGCUCUAUCGAUCAAGUUGUAGGCUAUGUAUCUGAAGCUAUUCCCCCCUCUAUACCUUUUUGUUAUUCGAAUAUUUUGGUUUAUUUUGCUUUAGUCUUAAGUGUUAACCUCAUUUUAUCGGCAACCGAAAGAGAGACAAAAAAAAGCAUUCCAAUUUAAUUUGUUUUCAAUUUGCUGAAUUUCCAAGAUCAAGAAUUGAUUGAGAAUCUCAAACUCGCUGAAAAUCUAUCGAUCAAAUUAAAAUUAAGCUAUAUGUUGUUACACACCUAUGUUUAGUCUCUGUAUUAAUUGGUUCAAAGUAUUCCUAUACUCUAAUUAUUUAUGUUAAUUUUAUGAAUUCAUCCAUCAUGGUUAAAAUCAGUUUUAUAUAUAGCCAACUACUUGAAUAUGAAGCCAUAACUACAUAAAUAUAUAUAUAUAUAAAUAUGCAUUAACAUAAACAUUGAAGUAUAAAAAAACGAAAACGAUUUUUAGCAUUGUUGCUUUUUUACUGUGAUUUGUUAAUAAUUUUUGCAUAACAAUGAAGAAAAAGAAAACUAAAUACCUAAAUUAUAUAUACACAUAAAUGUAAAACAAACAACGCUAAUUAGAUAUUGUAAAACGAAAUUCCAAAAAAAAAAAAUCAUACAUUUUUUAUAUACAUACAAGAAAUUUUAUGAUUGGUUUAACUAAUUGGAAACGCCAAAUUUUUUGAUAGACUAUGAAAAGAAAAGAAAAAAACUAAAACAAAAAAAACAAGAAUGAUGAUUGUUUGAACUUGGUUCCUGUUGAGUAACGAGAAUUGUAAUAUAUAGUGGCAUAUAUAGUUAUUUCUUGAGUUCCGAUCUUCUUAAUAUUAACUUGUUUCAUUUUGUAUAUGCCGCUAUAUAUAUAAAGUAACAAAUAUUGUAGACUGCUUUCGAUAAAAAACAAAACUGAACAAAUUAAUGAAAUGUUUUGCUAUUGCAUAAUCAUACGUACAUAAAUAUAUAUAUUUUUAUAUAUCCCUGUGUUAUGUGUGCCGGCAACUAGCAACAAUAAUUUAUACAGCACUCGCUCUCUCCCCGAAAAACACUAAUUUUUGGCCAAAACGCAACCAAUUAGCAAAGCAACAAUAAUAGUUAAUAGUGAUCAAAACUGAAAAAUUAUAGGCUUCCCCUUCCACAAAACCCAUAACGAUUGUAGCUGAAUUAUUAUUACAAAUGAAUUUUACAAUAUUCAUAAGCCGUUGGGACAACUCAAAACUUAAUCGAAAUCAAAACAUGAUGAACAAAUAUGCGUGUAAUGUGUGUAUAAGCUUAAUAAAUAAUUCAAGUAUUUGAAAAUCAA